GCAGAAUUUUGUUUUGAUGCAUUCAAAGAGCUGAAAGUCCACCAUGCCAACGACAACAUCUUUUAUUCCCCUCUGAGCAUCAUUUCAGCCCUGGCGAUGGUCUAUCUGGGAGCAAGAGGUAACACUCAAUCUCAGAUGGAGAAGGUAAGUUACUUACAUUGGUGUAAAGAAUACUUAGAGUGUGCAAAGAAAUUCUACAAAGCAGGGCUGGAAGAAGUUAACUUCAAAACAGCUACAGAGGAAGCAAGACAGCUUAUUAAUUCCUGGGUGGAGAAAGAGACAAAUGGACGGAUCCAAGAUUUCCUUGUGUCAGGCUCUGUUGAUGUCAAUACUGUGCUGGUCCUUGUGAAUGCCAUUUACUUCAAAGGGGUAUGGAAGACGGCAUUUAAAGAAGACGACACUCGGGAAGUGCCCUUCAAUGUGACAGAG